GACCAAAGCAUCAUGCAGCGCAUUGAACGCAUCCAGCAACACCUCCAAGCCGGCGCGCCGACUGAGAUUGUCAUCGUAGCGGCGACGCGCACGCCUAUCACCAAGGCAAAGCGCGGUGCAUUCAAGGACACGACACCGGAUGUGUUGCUUCGACAUGUGUUCCAAGGCGUGCUUGCGCAAACGAAAAUCGAUCCUUCCUUGAUUGGAGAUGUCGUCGUCGGGAACGUGUUGCAACCUGGGUCAGCGGCAGGAGGUGCUCGCAUGGGUCAAUUGUGCGCGGGCAUUCCAUUCUCCGUGCCGCUUACCACCGUGAACCGGCAAUGCUCAUCGGGACUCCAAGCGUUUGCAAACGUCGCGAGUGCCAUCCAAGCCGGCUUUUACGACGUAGGUAUUGCCGCGGGGGUUGAGUGCAUGUCAUUGACGGACAUGGGCGGCACCGCGCCAGACGUGUGCUGGGAACAGGUGCAUGCAAACAAAGCGGCCCGCAACUGCACGGUCCCCAUGGGCAUCACGUCCGAGAACGUUGCCGAGAAGUAUGGCAUCACCCGCACCCAGCAAGACACAUUUGCCGCCGCGUCGCACGCCAAAGCCCAUGCGGCCCAAGAACACGGAUGGUUCUCCCGUGAAAUCACACCUGUGACGACGACGCGCACGACAGCCGACGGCGUCGACCAACAGGUGACGGUCACGGCAGAUGAAGGCGUUCGACCUGGUACGACCGUCGACGGGCUGGCCAAGCUCAAAGCAUCGUUCAAGCCCAGUGGCACCACCACGGCAGGCAACUCGAGCCAAGUGAGCGACGGCGCUGCGGCGUGCCUCGUCAUGACGCGACGUGUGGCGGAGCAAUUGAAGCUCCCGAUCCUCGGCUCGUUUGUCUCGUAUGCGGUGGUCGGAGUCCCGCCAGAGAUCAUGGGCGUCGGUACGUACUGUUUUUUGCUUACUAUUUCUAUUUUUUAUAAAUCGUAGGAUAUUCCAUGACAUGAAUAUAUUACCUUGGUUAUGAGUAGGCCCGGCGGUGGCGAUCCCGGCGGCGCUCAAGAAGGCGGGACUAACCAUCGACCAAAUUGAUGUGUUUGAACUGAAUGAAGCAUUUGCCAGCCAGGCGCUGUAUUGCCAACAAACGCUCCAGAUUCCGAGCCAUAAAAUCAACCCCACGGGUACUACCGUUUAGCUGGUGUAGUUAGUUGUAUGAUCCAUCAUGACAGUUGUCGGUUGCAGGAGGCGCCAUCGCCCUCGGCCACCCAUUGGGCUGCACGGGCGCGCGCCAAAUCGCCACGUUGUUGCAUGGCCUGCACCGCACCAAUCAAACGUACGGGGUCGUGUCCAUGUGCAUCGGGACGGGCAUGGGGGCCGCCGCCGUCUUCAAGCGCGAUUAAGUAGGAUGUAACCAAGGACGAGGGAAGUUAUGACGCAAACACGCGUGCUUGGUCGUGUGGAUGUGUGAUCUGUGAACAUGUGACGAAGGGUUAACCCAUACUAUCGGUAGUACGACUACGUAACGUUAGUACUGUACGAGUCCAUAUUGUCACAACAGGUGCCUGUGGCUGGCGCUACAGCUGCGGCGACGGCGCCUGGCACAUGUGUUCACGGUCAAUACUGUAAUGCACUGUAUACAAAUCGCCGCCGUAUUCUACAUGCGAGAUAAUCUACCUUCCCUUGAGCAUGCUGCUUAUGAGCCUUGGAAGGGAGCGCCUGGACGUCGGCAUCGUUCGACCCACGGUGCGGGAAUGGGUGGGUUCGUCCAAG